UCACACCAAUCAGAGUGCAGCAUGUAGCUCCCACUCACUGGAAUCAGAAACACAAGAUAUCUUUAGUCUUGAGCUGCACAAUUUAGUAAUAAUAACACAGCAUUGGCUAGACAGUCUUUUUUCAGCCAAACCUUUUAUUUUUUGAUAGGGUAGUGAUAUAAAAGGAGAAGAACAGGGGGAAGCUGAUCUCUCAACCGCUAGACUCAAGGUAAAUGGUUUUCCAGCAUGAAGACCAGGCUAGGCUGUCUGUCCAAAAAAUCUGACUCCUACACUGACUUCUCUGAGUUCUUGCCUCCUGCUCAUGAGACCACUGCCAGAUGUCUGAAACUAUCAACAGAUGAAGUGGUUCGAUGGUCUGAGUCAUUCGAUCACCUUCUUGCUCAUAAAUAUGGGCUGGCUGCAUUUCGGACGUUUCUCAAGUCUGAAUUCAGUGAUGAGAACAUUGAAUUUUGGAUGGCCUGCGAGGAGUACAAAAAAAUCAAGAGCUCAACCAAACUUGUGUCAAAAGCAAACAAGAUAUUCAAAGAAUUCAUUGAGGUUCAAUCACCAAGAGAGGUAAAUAUUGACUACAGAACAAGAGAGAAGACCAAACAGAUCCUGUCAGAUCCCUCUCCAGCCAGUCUAAAUGAAGUCCAGGCUAAAAUCUACUGCCUAAUGGAAAAAGACUCAUACCCACGAUUUCUGCGGUCAAAAAUGUACCAGGAUAUUGUGAACAGGGCUCAUGCCCAAGGUCAGCGGAGGUCUGUUUGACCAAAUCUCUACUUCACAGUGGACCUACAAUGGAGCUCUAUAGUGUAUAACUCUUUGUCCAUUUGACAUCAUACCAAUACUGUGAACAUUAAAAGAUAGCUGACAUUGACAUUGAACAUGAAAGAAAUGUUAAUAAAGGCCAAAUUAAACAUUUUCAAAAACACAACCGCAACAUUUAUUUUCUAACAACAUAUUGAUAAAUAGAUGAAUGUCAUCUAUUGAGACUUGUGCACUAGAGAAAAAUAGCACCUGUCUCUGCUGCCAGAUCUUGAUAAGGUGUUACUGUGUCUCAUUUCAGAUACUUUCCUUUGUGGAAUAGUUUUGCAAUACCAUAUGGUACCUUGGGCACUAACUGCAUGGAGGAUCAACUUCACAUUACCCAGUUAUAGAGUCUAGUUUAUAUAGGUAAUUUUACAAAUAGAAUUUUAUUAGUCGGUGUAGGAUCGUAUAUAGGCUUAACUUUCAUAAUUCAAGUGUAAUGGGGGGGUGGUGGCCUUGUUUGGGGUGUGCUGGCCUAGUGGUUAGGGCAUUGAGCUUGAAUUGCGAAGGUUCUGAGUUAAUUCCCAUUUCCACAGAUUGUCACUCUGGGUCACUGAGCAAGACCCUUAACACCCACAACACACCUUUGUUGCUUUGUACUUGUGACAAUGUAAUGUCAAUAAAGUUGAAUUCUUCUUUUUCUUCUAAUGCUAUCUCUACAGUCACUAGUUUUUCAGCUCUUACUCUGACACCUAUUUAUAAAUAUCAAUUCCUAAGACAAGGCAAACAUAAAGAUUGAGACUUUCAGUUCAUAGGUGAUAAUGAAUAACAUAUUUAUAGAUAAUAUCUACAAUCAUAUUCACGUCAGUAAAUCCCUUUAGUUAUUACACACUGUACCUUUAGCACUGCAUUGGUUGACUCUUUAAAACUUUGUAAUAUUCCUUUUUUACUUUUAAUAUUGAAUCAUGGAGUUGUAAUUGGAAGAUCUAGGGUUCAAUUUCACCAUCUGUAAAAGGUUAAUGUACCCUUAGGCAAAUAAUC